AUGAGAGCAGAUAAUAAGAUAAUGGGAGAUACAAGAACUUUUGUUUUCGCCAUAGAGGAUACAGAAACCACACAAGGUCUAUGUAAAAUAAUUGGUCGAUCCAGUCGUAAUGAUAAGAAGAGGCUGAGUGGGCCAAAUAAUCUUUAUUUCGAUGAACCUGAAUUAGGGAAGAGACAUGCCAUGUUAUGUAUCAAGACACCAAAACCAAAAAUUCAAAGUGUUCCUUCCAUAGAACAAAUACGAAUCUGUAUUCGAGACUUGGAUAGUGAAAGUGGUAUUGUUAAUUUAGAAUCUGAUGGACCACAUGAUGAAGUCGAUUUAAAAAGUGGCGAUAUAUUUGGCUUGAUUGCAGUUGUUAACCGCUCUUUACACGAUAGCCAAAAUUUAGCCGCCAAGUUGAUUUUUCAAAUCAAACUCGAGUAUUUUGAUGAAGAAAGGGAACUAAUCAGGUGCACUAUUGCAAAUAUAACAUUUCAGAACAAUUCCGUAUUGCCCUCUUCCCCGGUUCAUUCAAAACUUGCGGACGAUAGUGAAUCAAGUUGGUAUGGUCUAUCUGAAGCUAGUAUUCAAACUGGAAGUAUUCAGGAGUGUUGCGAGACUGGGGCCAUAAAGACUCGAGGAGGCAGGUUUUCCGUCCUUAAAUUAAGGGAAGAAGACAGCAAGUCGCACCAGAAGGCUGAUGGUAACCUUAGAGGGAAGCUUUUGCAAACAAACUCUUUCCAAGAAGAAACCAAUACAGAUACCACAGAAAAAGAAGAAGAAGAGGACAGAAAGAAGGUAGAAGAAGAAGAAGAAGUGGAAGAGGACUUAGAAUUUGAAAUCAUUAGAGUAAAAAAGAUAAGAAGCAGGGCCAAGACGGAACACAUGCUCAUUUCCUCUUCUAAAAUCAAGAGAAAUGCGACUUCACCUGGACAAUCCAACAGCGCGUGGAUAUUACUAAUAAUCAUUCUGCUUCUAGAUCGCCUACUGUCAAAUUAG